AUGGCGUCUGCAAAUGCGCGCUAUGUGCGCUACCUGCUUAUCGCCUUCUUUACGCUGCUAGUCUUCUACUUCGUCUCCAAUUCAAAGUACGAGGGCGUCGACAUUAGGAAGGGCGCCUUCACAUCGCCCAACCAGCAACCCCAAGACCCCUCCAAGCCCGCGCCUCCAAAGGCUCCCUCCGGCAAUGCCAAAGACUUCCCUCUCGCCCUGACCCCGAACGACCCCGGAUUCAACGACCUGGUGGGCAUUGCCCCCGGCCCCCGAGUCAACGCCACCUUUGUCACCCUCGCCCGGAACAGCGACGUCUGGGAUAUUGCUCGCUCGAUCCGCCAGGUCGAGGACCGCUUCAACCGACGAUACAACUACGACUGGGUCUUCCUCAACGACAAGCCCUUUGACAGCACCUUUAAGAAGGUGACGACGUCUCUGGUGUCCGGCAAGACGUUCUAUGGCGAGAUUGCUCCCGAGCACUGGUCCUUCCCCGAGUGGAUUGACCAGGACAAGGCCAAAAAGGUGCGGGAGGACAUGGCUGAGCGCAAGAUCAUCUACGGCGACUCCGUCAGCUACCGCCACAUGUGCCGCUUCGAAUCGGGCUUCUUCUUCCGCCAGCCCCUCAUGAUGAACUACGAAUACUACUGGCGCGUGGAGCCCUCCAUCGAGCUCUACUGCGACAUCCACUACGACCCCUUCCGCCUCAUGGUGGAGAAUGGAAAGAAGUACAGCUUUGUGCUAAGCUUGUACGAGUACCCGGCCACCAUUGCCACCCUGUGGGAGAGCACCAAGAAGUUUAUCAAGAAUCACCCCGAGCACAUUGCCGAAGACAACUCAAUGAAGUUUUUGAGUGACGACGGUGGUGAAACCUACAACAACUGCCACUUCUGGUCCAACUUUGAGAUUGGCAGCUUGGAGUGGCUGCGGAGCAAGCAGUACAUUGACUUUUUUGAGUCCCUGGACAAGGACGGCGGCUUCUUCUACGAGCGAUGGGGAGAUGCCCCCGUCCACUCCAUUGCCGCCGGCCUGAUGCUCAACAAGAGCGAGAUUCAGUUCUUCAACGACAUUGCCUACUGGCACGUCCCCUUUACCCACUGCCCCACUGGCGAGAAGACAAGAACCGACCUUCGCUGCCAUUGCGAUCCUAAGGAGAAUUUCGAUUGGAAGGGCUAUUCUUGUACGUCUCGGUUCUUUGACAUGAACGGCAUGGACAAGCCCGAGGGCUGGGAAAACCAGCGGGAUUAG